AUGAAUUCUAUCUGUCCAGCUCAACGCGUCGAAGGCUCAAGACCCAGUCUGUGGGUGGAAUUCACUGCUUUAGCAACGCAAUGUCAAGCCGUCAAUCUUGGACAAGGCUUUCCCGAUGGAUCUAUGCCAAAAUUUGUCGCUGAUAUUCUGGGAAAUAUCGCUAACCAUCCGGAGAAGACUGCCUGGCAUCAGUAUACUCGCAGUUUUGGACAUCUUCGUCUCGUCAAUGUGCUUUCGAAGCUGUAUGGAGUUUUAUACAACAGGCAGAUUGAUGCGAAUGAUGAGGUAUUAGUAACAGUUGGUGCUUAUUUAUCACUUUACUAUGCAUUUAUGGGCUACCUCAACCACGGUGAUGAAGUGCUAAUCAUUGACCCUGCUUUUGACUCCUAUGCCCCUCAAGUUGCUAUGGCUGGAGGGGUGCCAGUGCACUGCGUCAUGCCAUUGAAGGAAAAUGCCAAGUCUAGUGCAGACUAUGAGUUAGAUAUUGAACAAAUGAGAGGAAAAAUCACAUCAAGGACGAAAAUGAUCGUGCUGAACAAUCCGAAUAACCCAACUGGGAAGCUUUAUAGUCGAAACGAGCUAGAAGCCAUUGCAAAAAUCGCCCGCGAGUUCGAUCUCCUCGUCAUCGCCGAUGAAGUUUACGAAUGGCAUGUUUGGGACAAGAAAAUGAUCCGUUUUGCUACCCUACCUGGAAUGUAUGAAAGGACCAUUUCUAUAGGAAGCGCUGGUAAAGCUUUUUCCGUCACUGGCUGGAAACUUGGAUGGUCCAUAGCUCCAAAGGAACUUCUCAAUCCUCUCAAAAUGGUGCAUCAGAACUGCACUUUCACCUGCAGUACCCCAACACAAGAAGCGCUAGCUAAUGCCUUCGAAAAAGAGCUUGAACUAUUUUCCACAAAUCCGGAACAAUCAUACCUCCUUACUGGACUUCCAAACGAACUCCGCGAAAAAUGUGAUCGGCUUUAUAAGAUGCUUUCUGAAGCAGGAUUCGACCCCAUCCGACCAGACGCAGGCUACUUCAUGAUAGCCCACUUUGGAAACAUCGAUGGCCCUUUCAAAGAUGAUGCAUCAGGUGAUGAACCUAUCGACUUCCGUUUCGUACGAUGGCUUUGUAAGGAAAAGAAGUUAGCGACUAUACCAGUUUCUGCAUUCUAUAGUAAAGAAAACAAAGUGGGAAACGACGACACAAUUCGCCUUUGCUUCAUGAAGACCGAUGAAACCCUUGAAGCUGCACAUGAGAUACUGAAGAACCUGAGAUAG